UGCUACUGAGUAAUUUAUUGGUAGUACGUACACAUCUUUUCGGGUACUGCACGAAAAGAUUUGUAGCGACGCUCUCCUCGCACUUUCUUCGAUUCUUUCUUCAAAUGUCUUGUUUCUUUGUUUUCCCUUCACAAAGAAGAAAACUUUGUGAAAACACUUUGAAGUUAGCAAGAAUUUACCACACAUAAAAUGCACGGAUUGGCUGAAACAUAAGCGGAAGAUGAGAGAAGAAGAGCUCAAGCUUCUCUUUAAUGGCGAAUUCUAAGCUCACCGCCAUUUUCUCCCUCCUCCUGCUCCUCCUCGCUGCAGACUCCACUCUCCUACCAGAAUUUGCAGAGAUUAAGCAGCAACGGAAGAGGGAUGAACCCUAUGUGGGUGUAAACCUAGGCACGGAUGUGUCGAAUUUCCUCUCUCCUACCGAUUUGGUCGCUUUUUUACAACUGCAGAAAAUCACCCAUGUCCGGCUCUACGACGCCAACAGCGAUAUACUCAGGGCCUUGGCUAGAACAAAGAUUAGGGUUAUCGUCAGCGUUCCAAACAACCAGCUCCUCGGCAUUGGCUCCUCCAAUGCCACUGCUGCCGCUUGGAUCCGUCGCAAUGUCGCUGCCUACUACCCACAAACCGUAAUCACAGCUGUGGCAGUCGGCGAUGAGGUGUUAACUACCAUCCCCUCCUCUUCCCCUGUCCUAAUGCCUGCCAUAGAGUCCCUCUAUAGUGCCCUAGUCACCGCCAGGUUGCAUACCCGAAUCAAGAUUUCAACCCCUCACGCUGCCUCUUUAGUGCUUGACCCAUUUCCUCCUUCACAAGCUUUUUUCAAUCAGUCCCUCACCCCAGUCCUCUCACCAUUACUUCAAUUCUUGUCACGAACACAAUCUCCUCUCAUGAUGAAUCUGUACCCUUACUAUGUUUUUAUGCAGAACAAAGGCGUUGUUCCUUUGGAUAAUUCGUUGUUCAAGCCAUUGGCACCUUCAAAGGAAAUGGUGGACCCAAAUACUUUGCUUCAUUAUACAAGCGUGUUUGAUGCGAUGAUUGACGCCGUGUAUUUCUCUAUGAAGAACCUGAACUUUACCGAUAUUGUAGUGCUUGUUACUGAAACCGGGUGGCCUUCAAAGGGUGAUUCAAAAGAACCAUAUGCCACGACUGACAAUGCCGAUACAUACAAUUCGAAUUUGAUUAAACAUGUGUUUGACAGAAGUGGAACCCCUUUACACCCUGAGCUCACAUCCAGUGUGUACAUAUACGAGUUGUUUAAUGAGGACUUGAGGUCCCCGCCCGUGUCAGAGGCUAACUGGGGGCUGUUUUAUGGAAAUUCUACGCCGGUUUACUUGUUACAUGUUUCUGGUACUGGGACAUUUUUGGCGAAUGACACGACGAACCAGACGUAUUGUGUGGCGGAGGAUGAUGUAGAUUCAAGGACAUUGCAGGCGGCAUUGGAUUGGGCUUGUGGACCAGGGAGAGCAAAUUGUAGUGAGAUUCAACCAGGGGAGACUUGUUAUCAACCUAAUAACGUGAAGAAUCACGCUUCUUAUGCUUUUAAUAACUACUACCAGAAGGAAGAGAGGGCUGAAGGGUCUUGCGAUUUCAAGGGUGUGGCCACAAUCACCACCACUGACCCAAGUCACGGGAGUUGUAUAUAUCCUGGCAGUAAGCAAGUAAGCAAUAAUACCACCGAGAGAGUGAACUCAACAGUAUCAAGUGGAGCAUACUCACUAAGAUACACCAGCACCCAAACAAGUGCACUGGACAACGGUUUAUGCGUUUUCCUGGGCUUCACUCUGUCUCUAUUAUUUUGUUCAUUCAUUUGUUAACCCCUCCCCAAGGUACACUAAUAAAUUUAAUCUUCUAGGUUCUGUAUACCAAGCUGCAAUUAUUUUAAUGGGUAAAUUUUGCUUUACCGAAA